GAAUGACUAAAAACCCUCCACUUCCUUAUUUCCAUUUUUCAAUCAAAUCAUUCAUUUCAUUCUCAAAUUAUGUUUCAACUUCAAUUACUCCUCUCAAUUCUCACUUGGUCAUUCGCUAUCCAAUCAUAUUCUUCCACGUCACAAUUCUCUAUUCUCCAAUCCAAUCAUCAACCAAAACUCAACCUCUUAUCCAUCUCUGUCACCGGGUUUGGCGCUGCUGGCGAUGGCGUCAAAUACGACACCGUUCCAAUCCAGAAAGCUAUAAACGCAUGCUCGGCCGUCGGAUCCAAACAUCGCCGUCAAUGCCACGUUAUCUUCCCGCCGGGAAAGUACCUGACGGCAACAAUAUUCUUGAGAUCCGGCGUCGUAUUGGAUAUUCACAGGAAGGCAAUGAUUUUGGGAGGACCGAAGUUGGAGGAUUACCCGAAGGAGCAGAGCAGGUGGUAUGUGGUACUGGCGGAGGAUGCGGUGGAUGUUGGGAUCAUCGGAGGAGGAGAAAUCAAUGGACAGGGACUGAAGUUUGUAGAGAGAUUUGAUGAGAAGAAGAAUGUGAUGGUGAACUGGAACCAUACCGGAGCUUGCCUUGGAGAUGAGUGUAGGCCGAGGUUGGUAGGGUUCAUCGGCUGCCGGAAUAUCAAGGUUUCCGACGUUAGACUCAUCGAACCUGCUUAUUGGUGUUUGCAUAUUGUACGAAGUGAUAAGACAUCAAUCUGUGAUGUAACCAUAUAUGGGAACUUCAAUUCACCCAACAACGAUGGUAUAGACAUAGAGGACUCUAACAAUACAGUUAUCACUAGAUGCAACAUCAAUACUGGAGACGAUGCUAUCUGUCCAAAGUCAUCAAAUGGACCUGUCUACAACCUCACUGCAACAGACUGCUGGAUUCGAACAAAAUCUUCUGCUAUCAAACUUGGAAGCGCUAGCUUUUACUCGUUCAAGGAUUUCUUGUUUGACAACAUUACAAUUGUUGAAUCUCAUAGAGGCCUCGCUCUACAAAUUCGAGAUGGAGGAAAUGUUAGCGACAUGACCUUCUCAAACAUAAACAUCAGCACAAGAUACUACCACCCAUCAUGGUGGGGAAGAGCAGAGCCUAUCUAUGUGACAACCUGCCCAAGGGAUGCUAGUUCAAAAGCAGGUUCAAUUUCCAAUUUGCUAUUUGUCAACAUCACAGCAACUUCUGAAAACGGCAUCUUCUUAUCGGGGUCAGGAGGUGGAGUCCUCAGCAAUCUAAACUUCAUAAACAUGAACCUGACUUACAAGAGAUGGACAAAGUUCCCAGAUGGGUUGGUGGAUUACAGGCCAGGAUGUCAAGAACUUGUAAAGCACCAAACUGCGGGAUUCAUGAUGGAGCAUAUUGAUGGUUUGGUUGUUGAAAACGUAGUCAUGAAAUGGUCUAGUGAUGAAUCAAUGAGAUGGAAUAAUCCAUUGGAUUUCAGGCCAAAUACUGUAAAUAAUAUUUCUUUGCUCAAUUUCUACUCCAGAUCCUACCAACAACACUGAGGCUGAGGGGAUAAACAGGAAGCUGCAAGUAAAAGAAAUUGUUCUUCACAAAAAUAAAGCUUCAAAUAAAA